GUCUCUGCUACAUGUGAACGAGAGUUGGGGCUGGCACCGGAGAAUCGGACCGCGUGGUGCUGUGCUUUGUGCAGUGUGGACGGUUUCCUCCUCUUAAAGCCCAUUGCUUUCCACCCACGUUUCGUGAGGCCCUCGCGGGCUUACGUCGUUCUGCAGCCAUGAAGACAAAGCCAGUUUCCCACAAGAAGGAAAAUACAUACCGGUUUCUUACAUUUGCUGAACGACUAGGAAAUGUGAACAUCGACAUUAUUCACCGAAUUGACAGAACUGCAAGUUAUGAUGAGGAGGUCGAAACCUACUUUUUCGAGGGUCUGCUGAAAUGGAGGGAGCUGAAUCUGACGGAGCACUUUGGGAAAUUUUACAAAGAAGUUAUUGACAAAUGCCAGUCAUUCAAUCAGUUGGUUUAUCAUCAAAAUGAGAUUGUUCAAAGUUUGAAAACUCAUCUACAAAUCAAGAACAGUUUUGCUUAUCAACCUCUUUUGGAUUUGGUUGUGCAGUUGGCUCGAGAUCUGCAGACAGAUUUCUACCCCCACUUUCCGGAUUUCUUCCUGACCAUCACCUCUAUCCUGGAGACUCAGGACACAGAGUUGCUAGAAUGGGCAUUCACAUCACUGUCCUACCUCUACAAGUACCUGUGGAGACUGAUGGUAAAGGACAUGACCAGCAUAUACAGCAUGUACAGUACACUCCUGGCUCAUAAAAAGCUACAUAUAAGAAAUUUUGCUGCUGAAAGCUUUAUUUUUUUGAUGAGAAAGGUUUCGGACAGAAACACGCUUUUUAAUUUGAUGUUUCUUGAUCUUGAUGAACAUCCAGAAAAGAUGGAAGGAGUUGGACAGUUGCUGUUUGAAAUGUGCAAAGGAGUUAGAAAUAUGUUUCAUUCCUGUACAGGGAAGGCAUUGAAGCUAAUUUUUCAAAAGCUGGGACCAGUUACUGAAACAGAAACUCAACUGCCUUGGAUUUUAGUUGGAGAAACACUCAAAAGUAUGAUCAAAUCUGCAGCGUUGUAUGUUUCCAAGGAAAAUUUUGGUGUCAUUUUUGAAUGUUUGCAGGAAUCACUCCUGGAUCUACACACAAAAGUCACCAAAACCAACUGUGGUGACACGUCGGACCAGAUUAGAAGGUUGCUAGAAAUAUAUUUGAUUCUUGUGAAACAUGGAAAUGGAGCGAAGAUAACAAACCCUAUUGAGGUUUGCAGGACAUUGUCUCAAACGUUAAAAAUUGCCAACCUCUCCACAACUUGCCACAAGACCCUUUUGGAUGUUAUUUCUUCUUUAAUCCUAGGCGAGCAGGUUUCUUUGCCAGAGGCCCUCAUCAAAGAAACCAUAGAAAAGACUUUUGAGAACAGACUUGAAAGACGUUUAAUUUUGGAUUUUUCUGAAGUCAUGUUCCCUAUGAAGCAAUUUGAACAGCUUUUCCUACCCAACCUUCUUCUGUACAUUGAGAAUUGCUUCUUGACUGGGGAUGCAUCGGCUACCAACGAAGCACUGGCCCUUUUGGCCAAGCUCAUUCUAAACAAAGCAGCACCUCCAACCACUGGCUCCAUGACCUCUGAGAAGUAUCCUCUAGUUUUCCCACAGCAGACAGUGGGGUCAUGUACAAGACAGCUGAGGACUAAGUCCAAGAGAGGAAAAGAGCCCCAAAUCGUGUUGGACCACCUUUUGUCAAUGAUUGAGUUGUUCCCAGAUAAAGGUGCCUGCCUCUCUCACAUUUGGGCAGCCCUUGUCAUAUUACCUCACAUUAGGCCCCUGGAGAAGGAAGAGGUGAUUCCACUGGUCACCAGCUUCAUGGAGUCUCUCUUUCUGAGUGUUGACAGAGGAGAUUCAGGAAAAGAAAACUUAUUUGUUCUUUGUCAAGCUGUUACUACUCUACUCAGUUUGGAAGAAUCUUCUGAAAUACUUCAUUUAGUUCCUGUGGAACGUGUGAAGAAUUUAGUCUUGACCUGUCCUUCAGAACCGUCUGUGUUACUCCUGGCCGAUCUCUAUUACCAGAGAUUAUCUUUAUGUGGCUGCCAAGAGCCCCUUUCUGAGGAAGCUUUAAUGGAAUUGUUCCCAAAGUUACAAGCAAACAUUUCAACUGGUAUAUCCAAGAUUCGGCUGUUGACAAUAAGGAUCCUAAAUCACUUUGAAGUGCAGCUUCCAGAAUUGAUGGAGGAUGAUGAGUUGUUGGAAAGGCAGUCAGCCUUGGCCAUACUGCACCAAGCAGAGCUUGUUCCGGCCACAGUGAAUGAUUACAGAGAGAAGCUGAUGCACUUGAGAAAACUCAGGCACGAUGUGGUACAGACUGCGGUACCUUGUGGACCAUUACAGGAGGUGCCACUUCGUUACUUAUUAGGGAUGUUAUAUGUGAACUUCAGUGCUCUCUGGGACCCUGUUAUUGAACUCAUAAGUUCUCAUGCACAUGAAAUGGAAAAUAAGCAAUUCUGGAAAGUCUACUAUGAACAUCUAGAAAAAGCAGCUACUCUUGCUGAGGAAGAACUGCAAAGUAAUCGAAGAGACCAGAAGUCCACUGGAGAUGAACACGGGGAUCUGGCCAAGGAAGGAGAUGUGGGUGCGCUUUUUCUUCAGCAGCUGGCCCUAAAAAUAGAUUGCCGAGAGAGACUGGACCAUACCAACUACCGCUUUUUGCUGUGGCGAGCUCUAACGAAGUUUCCAGAGAGGGUGGAGCCACGGUCCAGGGAACUUUCACCGCUUCUCUUGAGAUUUAUCAACAAUGAAUAUUACCCAACAGAUCUACAGGUGGCUCCCACCCAGGAUUUACGGAGAAAAGGCCAAGCUGGGACAGCAGAGGAGCUAGAAGAGGAUUUUGCUGCUGAAGAUGGGGUGACUGAGGAAGAGGUGGUGCCUGAAGAUGAAAAGUCACAGAAGAAGAAGACCAGAAGAGCUGCCGCAAAGCAAUUAAUUGCUCAUUUGCAAGUUUUUUCCAAGUUUUCUAAUCCAUUGGCGUUAUAUCUAGAGUCCAAACUAUAUGAACUGUAUCUUCAGUUGUUACUACAUCAGGAUCAGACUGUACAAAGAAUAGCCCUGGAUUGCAUAAUGACAUAUAAACAUCCACACCUCCUCCCUUAUAGGGAAAACUUGCAGAGAUUGCUUGAAGACAGAAGCUUUAAGGAAGAGAUUGUGCAUUUCAGCAUUUCUGAAGAGAAUUCCAUUGUGAAAACAGCCCACCGAGCUGAGCUGUUUCCUAUACUGAUGAGAAUUUUGUAUGGAAGAAUGAAGAAUAAGACUGGCAGUAAAACUCAGGGGAAAUCUGCAUCAAGUACCCGCAUGUCCAUUGUUUUGAGAUUCCUUGCUGGGACCCAACCUGAGGAGAUCGAGAUAUUCUUGGACCUACUUUUUGAACCUGUGAAACACUUAAAGAAUGGCGAAUGUCAUUCUGCAGUCAUUCGAGCAGUAGACGAUUUGGAUUUGUCUAAAGUUCUUCCAGUAGGUCGUCAGCAUGGUAUUUUAAAUAGCCUUGAAGUUGUUCUGAAGAACAUAAGUCAUCUGAUCAGUGCAUACUUACCAAAGAUUUUACAGAUACUGCUUUGUAUGACAGCUACUGUGUCACAAAUCCUUGACCAAAGGGAAAAGAUACAGUUAAGGUUUAUAAACCCACUGAAGAACUUAAGACGCCUUGCAAUUAAAAUGGUAACUGACAUCUUUUUGGACUGGGAGUCUUAUCAGUUCAAAACAGAAGAGAUUGAUGCUGUGUUCCAUGGUGCAGUGUGGCCCCAGAUCAGCAGACUUGGAUCUGAGAGCCAGUAUUCUCCUACUCCUUUGCUGAAGCUAAUUAGUAUUUGGAGUAGAAAUGCAAGAUACUUCCCUAUCCUGGCUAAGCAGAAACCUGGGCAUCCGGAAUGUGACAUCUUGACCAAUGUUUUUGCGAUUCUCUCAGCAAAGAAUCUCUCUGAAGCUACAGCCAGUAUUGUAAUGGAUAUAACUGAAGAUCUUCUGAACCUUCCAGAUUUUGAACCCACAGACACAGUUUCAAGCUUGCCAGUCACUGGAUGUGUGUACACAGACAAUGCAGAUGAUUCUAUCACAAUAGGAGGACGAUUAAUUCUACCUCAUGUUCCUGCAAUUCUCCAGUAUCUCAGCAAUACCACAAUAAGUGCAGCAAAGGUGAAAAAGAAGAAGAAUAGGGCCCAAGUCAGUAAGGAACUUGGUAUUCUGUCAAAGGUCAGCAAGUUUAUGAAAGACAAGGAACAAAGUUCUGUUCUUAUUACUCUUCUUCUUCCUUUCCUCCACCAUGGCAAUAUUACUCAGGAUACAGAGUUGGAUAUUCUGGUGACAGUACAAAACCUACUGAAACAUUGUCUAGCACCUACAAGCUUCCUCAAGCCUCUAGCAAAGCUUUUCUCCGUCAUUAAGAACAAGUUGUCAAGACAGUUGCUUUGUACAGUUUUCCAGACACUUUCUGAUAUUGAGAGUGACUUAAAGUAUAUAACUGAAGUUGUCAAGCUGAAUGCCUUUGAUCAAAGACAUCUUGAUGAUAUAAACUUCGAUGCUCGCUUCUCAGCAUUUCAGAACAUCACUUCUUACAUUAAAGAAAUGCAAACUGUGGAUGUCAACUAUUUAAUUUCAGUUAUGCAUAACUGUUUCUAUAAUCUAGAGCUAGGCGACAUGUCUUUAAGUGAUAAUGCCAGCAUGUGUUUGAUGAGCAUUAUCCAGAAGUUGGCUGACUUGAAUGCCACAGAAAAAGAGUACAAAGAAAUCAUUCACCGUUCACUCCUGGAGAGGCUGAGAAAAGGACUGAAGAGCCAGACUGAGAGUGUUCAACAUGAUUACACCACACUGCUGUCUUGUUUAAUUCAGACCUUCCCAAAUCAACCAGAAUUUCAAGAAUUGGUACAGCUGACUGACUGCCAUGAUCCAGAAAUGGACUUCUUUGAAAAUAUGAAACACAUUCAGAUCCACAGACGAGCAAGAGCCUUGAAGAAACUGGCAAAACAACUCAUGGAAGGCAAGACUGUGCUGUCGUCUAAAUCCCUACAGAAUUACAUCAUGCCUUAUGCUAUAACUCCAAUUUUUGAUGAGAAAAUGCUCAAGCAUGAAAAUAUAACCAUUGCUGCCACAGAAGCUAUUGGAGCUAUUUGCAAGCAUCUCUCCUGGCCAGCAUAUAUCUAUUACUUAAAACAUUUCAUUCAUGUCUUGCAAACAGGACAGAUCAAUCAAAAGUUGGGUGUGAGUUUGCUAGUAAUAGUAUUAGAAGCAUUCCACUUUGAUCAUAAAAGCCUUGAAGAACAAAUGAGAAAAAUUCAGAAUGAAGAGAGUGACUUUUGUUGUUUCCUAAACAUAGACACAAUAGAAGUAAUUGAAUUAGCAGAGCACGAAAUCAUGGAAUUAGAACAAAUGAAUGAGGAAGAGAAGGGGGAUGAAUGUAAGAGUUUGUCAGACAAUGAAGUGCCAGAAAACCUGGAGCCCACUGAUAGAGAAGGAACAUCAGCAAAGGAGGCCAAGGUUGCCCCAAUGCCCAUCACAUCCCUUCCUCGGAAUAAGGAAGAGCUGGAGAGAACAAUUAAGAACAUCCAAGGCACGAUAACUGGGGAUAUCCUGCCCAGACUUCACAAGUGCCUGACAUCUACGACUAAGAGGGAAGAAGAACACAAGCUCAUAAAAUCGAAGAUUGUGAAUGAUGAAGAGGUGGUUCGAGUCCCUUUGGCUUUUGCCAUGGUAAAACUGAUGCAGUCCCUCCCACAUGAAGUUUUGGAAGCUAAUCUGCCAAGUAUUUUGUUGAAAGUGUGCGCUCUCCUCAAGAACAGAGCACAGGAGAUCAGAGACAUUGCACGCAGCACUCUGGCAAAAAUAAUAGAGGAUCUGGGCGUGCAUUACCUCCAGUACAUUUUAAAGGAAUUACAGAGCACCCUUGUCCGUGGAUAUCAGGUCCAUGUACUGACUUUUACCAUCCACAUGUUGCUACAAGGUCUCACCAGCAAGCUGCAUGUUGGGGAUCUGGACUCUUGUUUAAGUAUAAUGAUUGAGAUUUUCAACCAUGAGUUGUUUGGUGCCAUUGCUGAGGAGAAGGAGGUCAAACAGAUCCUGUCAAAAGUCAUGGAGGCACGAAGAAGCAAGAGUUACGAUUCUUAUGAAAUCCUGGCCAGGUUUAUAGGGAAAGACCAGGUGACGAAGCUGAUCCUUCCUUUGAAAGAGAUCUUGCAGAACACCACGAGUUUAAAGCUGGCCCGGAAAGUUCAUGAAACAUUACGCCGAAUCAUUGCGGGAUUAAUUGUAAACCAGGAAAUGACGACUGAAUCCAUUCUAUUGCUCAGUUAUGGUUUGGUCAGCGAGAACCUCCCCCUGUUAACAGAGAAAGAAAAAGCCCCAGCAGCCCCUGCGCCAGAUCCUCGACUACCCCCCCAGAGCUGUCUCAUCCUCCCGCCAACUCCAGGGCGUGGCGGGCAGAGAGCUGCUGUGAGUCGCAAGACCAAUAUGCACAUAUUUAUUGAAUCUGGGCUUCGGCUGCUGCACCUGAGUCUGAAGACGUCCAAGAUCAAAUCUUCAAGCGAACAUGUUCUAGAAAUGCUGGACCCUUUUGUGGCUCUCCUCAUAGAUUGCCUCGGUUCUAUGGAUGUGAAGGUGAUCACAGGCGCUCUGCAGUGCCUUAUCUGGGUCUUGAGGUUCCCCCUACCUUCCAUAGAAACCAAAGCAGAAGAGCUGGCAAAGCACCUUUUCUUGCUGCUGAAGGACUAUGCAAAACUCGGGGCUGCCAAGGGCCAGAACUUUCACCUGGCAGUCAGUUGUUUCAAGUGUGUGACCAUUCUUGUAAAGAGAGUGAGGUCUUACCAUAUCACCGAGAAGCAGCUCCAGGUUCUGCUGGCAUAUGCUGAAGAGGACAUUUAUGAUACUUCCAGGCAGGCCACUGCAUUUGGGCUGCUAAAGGCCAUUUUGUCCAGAAAGUUGCUGGUUCCAGAAAUCGAUGAUGUCAUGCGCAAAGUCUCUAAGUUGGCGAUUUCAGCACAGAGUGAGCCUGUGAGAGUGCAGUGCAGGCAGGUGUUUCUCAAGUACAUUCUUGACUAUCCCCUGGGGGAGAAGUUAAGACCAAACUUGGAAUUCGUUCUUGCUCAAUUAAAUUAUGAGCAUGAGACAGGGAGAGACUCCGCGUUGGAAAUGUUGGCCUUUCUGUUUGACACAUUCCCUCAGGGGCUACUCCAUGAGAACUGUGGGAUGUUCUUUAUUCCUCUCUGUCUGAUGAUGGUCAAUGAUGACUCUGCCAUGUGCAAAAAGAUGGCCUCCAUGGUAAUCAAGUCCUUGCUUGGCAAAAUCAGCCUGGAGAAGAAAGACUGGCUUUUCCAGAUGGUCACGACGUGGUUUGGAGCAAAGAAGAGUUUAAACAGACAGCUGGCUGCCCUGAUUUGUGGCUUGUUUGUGGAAAGUGAAGGUGUCACUUUUGAGAGAAGACUUGGAACAGUUUUACCUAUGAUUGAGAAGGAAAUUGAUCCUGACAACUUCAAUGAAAUCAUGGAAGAAACAGAAGAAAAAGCUGCAGAUCGCCUACUUUUCAGUUUUCUUACAUUAGUAAGCAAACUUGUCAAAGAAUGUAAUAUUAUCCAGUUUACCAAGCCCUCUGAAAUACUGAAUAAAAUUUGGAGCCACGUGCAUGUGCACCUCCGACACCCACAUAACUGGGUAUGGCUCACUGCGGCCCAGAUCUUUGGUUUGCUCUUCGCUGCUUGCCACCCUGAGGAACUGGUUCAAAAAUGGAAGGCCAGAAAGAUGAAAAAGAAGGUGUCGGGGCCCGUCGCUAUCAUGUUCCUAACAGGGGACCUCGAUCAGAAGAUGAAAAGUAUCUCCCUUGCCUCCUGCCAUCAGUUGCAUUCCAAAUUCCUAGAUGACUCUCUAGGAGAACAGGUUGUCAAGAAUCUGUUGUUCAUAGCCAAAGUCUUAUAUUUGCUGGAACACAGUGUGGGUGGGAAUCAAGGUGAAUCUAAAGAAGACAUGGUAGAUGAAGAAGCCUUAGGAGAAGGUAUGACGGGUGAUGCUGGGGACAGCUGCACAGAGAAGGCAGAAUCUGACUCCAGGUUGGCCACUCUGCCAUGGCUGAUCCAGAAGCUUUCCCACAUGGCAAAACUGGAAGCUGCGUAUUCACCGAGAAUCCCUUUAAAGAGGACGUGCAUCUUCAAGUUUCUGGGUGCUAUGGCCAUGGACCUUGGGGUAGAACGAGUGAAGCCGUAUCUCCCUGGGAUUAUAACACCCCUCUUCCGAGAACUGAACAGCACGUAUGCGGAGCAAGAUCCUUUGCUAAAGAAUCUAUCCCAGGAAAUCAUUGAGUUACUCAAAAAGUUGGUUGGACUGGAGACCUUCUCAUUAGCCUUUGCCUCUGUACAGAAACAGGCUAGUGAGAAAAGGGCACUUCGGAAAAAGAGGAAGGCUUUGGAGUUUGUGACUAAUCCUGAUAUUGCCGCCAAGAAAAAGCUGAAGAAACACAAAAAUAAAAGUGAAGCAAAAAAGAGAAAGAUAGAGUUCCUACGUCCUGGUUAUAAAGCCAAGAGGCAGAAGAGCCGCAGCCUCCGAGACUUGGCCAUCGUGGAGUGAGGUGGCCGCACUGCAGACAUUAGUCUCUCAGCACACCUUGGAGCACAGACUCUCCGUGUUUUCUGAAAGAAAAGAACUUUCUAGAAUGUUCUAGUCUGAAUGACCGCAGAUUUUAUUAUUUAAGUUAGCCUUUGGCAUAGAUUGUCUAAGAAGCUUUUUAAUGUAAUAAAGGUUGUAUUUUCUAAUUAAA